AUGUGGAGGUAUCCACUGUUAUUUGUGUCUUUAUGUUGGCUGGCGACAGCACAACAACAAAACGGAGUGGACGAUCAGGAGAAGAAGCUUUCGAGUUUUGAUGCUUGUAAAGCUGAUAUUCACAAACAUUGUAGUAGACCCGAUGUAGACCUAACGAGCGACAUGUCAAUUUUGGAAUGUCUUCAAGACGCCGGACUAUCUGAAACUGCUACUCUUUCCGAACAGUGUGAACAACUUGUGUGGGAUUUUAAAAUCAAAAUCACUCAAGACGAACGAUUUGUGAAGGCUGCCAAACAAUAUUGCGAGGAAGAACUCAAGGGCAACGCAGCUAUGCAAACGUGUACAACACUGACACAACCUGGAUUCGCAUUGAGUUGUUUAAUCGAGUUCACAAAGAAUGUGACGGAAUCUAGCAAGUGUCACGCUUUCUUGGCCCGUACCGAACGACUAGCCUUCUCCGACUUCCGUCUCGUUGGUCCAUUCGUUACUAAAUGUCGUGCAGUACUCGACCAAUUCAAGUGUAACGUUCUCACCCCUGACCCAGCUCAUAAAGGAGUUCGAGUGGCUCACACCCAGGGAAUGGCCUUGGAAUGUAUUCUGGAUAAAGUGGUGAAAAAUGCGAAGACUCAAGCAGAUGCGUUGGCUAUACUUGGAGACGAAUGUAAACAUGAAGUGUUGAGGCUUGCUGAGAUGCAGGCUGACGAUUUCCAUUUGGAUCGACCACUUUUCUUCGCUUGUAGACAGGACAGAGAGAGAUACUGUAAAGAUGUUCCAUCUGGUCAAGGAAAAGUGUUCGAGUGUCUCAUGCAAAACAGAAAUGACAAGUUCAUGGAUACAGAGUGUGGAAAUCUGCUUGCCGAGAGAGCGUAUCUCAUGGGAAGAGACUACCGAAUGGCUCAUCCACUUACCAAAGCUUGUCAACCGGAAUUGACAAGAUACAAGUGUGAACCACAAAAUCAAAUUGAAGCGGCCGCCCAUUUCCAUCUUGCUUGGAUUCUUCUCUGUCUGGAAAAUGGAGCAAAUCAACCGGAGCACAAAGAACUCCAGCCAUCGAAAGAGUGUGCUCAUGAAAUGAUUACUCAUCGUCAAAUGAUGAUGCAGCACUUCCGAAUGGCACCCGAACUUGUUCUCAAUUGUGCACAGGAAAUUGAUAAAUGGUGUAGUCCACGUGGAGAUAUUGAGGCCGAGGGAAGAACUCUUCAUUGUUUGAUGGAGCAUGCUGAAUCUAGAAAUGAAACAUUGAAACUUGGAGCACAAUGUCUUCAAGCUGUUCAACAAGUUGUAAAAGUUGCGGAUAUUGGAAGAAACUACAAGGUUGACAAAGUUCUCUAUGGGUCCUGCAGAGCUCUUAUUGAUGGACCAUGUGCUCAAGACGCCGUUUCUGAAACUGCCACACUGACCUGUCUUAUGAAAAAUGUGGAUAGUCCGGAUAUGAUUCCAGAAUGCGAAAAACGUCUUCUUGAAGUUCAAUACUUCAUGGCUAGAGAUUGGACUCUAGACCCACAACUUUAUGAGGCUUGUCAUCAAGAAGCAGUCAGUAGAUGCUCUGCUGUUGACAACUGGCACCAACAACAUAACACUGACAACACUGUUGACCCUGGACCGCAAGUUCUUGCUUGUCUUUACAGAAGUGCCUAUGAUGAACAGAAUCCACUCUCCCAAAAGUGCGGAACUCAAGUUCGUCAACUUCUUCAUGUCCGUGCAAUUCGUGUCAACUUGAUCCCUGAAAUCGAGGAUGCUUGUCGUGAUGCUCUUUCGGAGUUCUGUUCCCACAAUGUGAAGCCAUCUGAGGAGAUGAUGUGUCUUCAACAGAACUUCGAGACUGACAGCUUCAAGAGAAAGUACGGACAAUGCUUCACUCAGCUCACCAAAUUCACAGAAAUGGAGGCUAAAGACACGAAAUUGAAUAGAGCAUUGAGUAAGGCUUGUAAACCAGUUAUCUCUACUCACUGCGCUCAAUUCGCUUUGGAGGAUAUUGAUCAUGGAGAUGUUUUGGAGUGUCUUGUGAAUAACAAAGAUGCUAAGGAGAUGACUACCAAAUGUAGAUCAUAUGUCAACCAUUUCGAGCUCAUCUCUUUGAGAGACUAUCACUUCAGUUACAAAUUCCAAAAGGCAUGCGCCGCUGAUAUUGAACAGAAUUGCAGAGAUCAUAACAACGAUAAGGGAGAAAUCAUUCGAUGUCUCUCGGAAGUUCGAUUCGAGCACAAGGUACUUGGAUCACCAAAAGAUUUGACCGACGACUGCAAGAAACAACUCAAAGUGGCUUAUCUUCAACAAGAACAGGUAGAAUUCGACGAUAAGGAACAUAUGGCUGAUGCUGAUCCAAAACUCUCUCAAAAAUGCUCUCGUGAAAUCCAAAUCUUCAAAUGUAACACCGCUGAAACCUUCGAAGACACUGUCGAAUGUCUCCGUUUGAACUUUGAACAGCUUGGACCUGACUGCAAAUCGAUGAUCUUCUACAGAGAGAAAAUUGAGGCUGUUGAUAACUCGAUGGAUGAUGAAUUGCAGAAGAAGUGUAGAUAUGAUAUUGGAAAGUUCUGUGGAAAUAGUGACUCUGAGAAUGUUUUGGAAUGUUUGACCAACACAAAGAUUGUGAGACUUCUCCAAAGAGAAUGUAAGGCUGUUGUCAAGGAGAGAAUGCAAGAAUCUGCGAGAGAUGUUAGACUGAGACCACAACUUUUGACAUCUUGCAGAAAGGAAGCCGAGCAAUACUGCCCAGAAGACAUGAAGAAGAUCAACAUGCCUCAAUACUCUCAAACUGUUCUUGAUGGAGUCGUGGUUUCAUGUCUUCGUGAGAAGUUCCGUCAAUCUAUCUCCGACCAAAAUCACAUUGAAUUCUCUCCACGAUGUUCCGCUGAAGUCUCCAGAGCUAUCGUUGAGGCUGAAUUUGAUCCACAACUUGAUCCACCACUCUACAAUGCUUGCAAGUCAACCAUCAAUUCGCAUUGUUCUGCCACAAUUUUAGAAUCUGGAGGACAUUUCGAUAAUGUUAUGGAGUGUUUGAAGGCUGACUUCAACAAGGGACUCAUCAAGGAUAACGCAUGCUCUGGACAAGUUGCUCGACGACUUCAAGAAUCACUUGUUGAUAUUCAUUUGGAUCCUGUUUUACACGAAGCAUGUGCCAUGGAUAUUCAGAGAAAUUGCAGAGAUGUGCCACCAGGUCAUAGUAGAAUCGUAAUGUGCUUGAUGGACUUCGCCGACAAACAACAACUAUCCAAGGAGUGCAACACAAAACUCAACGAUAGAAACAAGUUGUGGAUGAAGGCUCACUCAGAGUUCCAGAUGGCUCUACCUGACUCGUGGCAUGCCUUUGCCACGUUGGUCAUGGAGCAUCCGGAGAGAAAUUCCAUUUUGGGAUACUUUGCUGGAAUUGUUGUAUUUAUUCUUUUACUUGGUUGCUGUUGCGGAAGAGUAUCGAAGAAACAGUAUAUUGAAAUGAAGAAUCGUUAA